GCGCAAACGGCACGCAGCAGCUCGUUAUGCUCGAGCGCUCGUGGAUGGCUCGUGUUAGGGGGCGCUAAAUCGCAUUGUUGAUCCGAAAGCUAAAAUCUUCCCUGGACGGAGGAGGCGCCUCAUCUUCCAGUGUUCAAAAUGGCGGAUGACCAAGAGCUGGCGCGGGUGGAAGCUCUGUGCCAGCAGCUUUACGAAGGCGCCGACGCUGCUGAGCGCGUCCAGGCGGAAUCUCAGCUGUCUGAGUUCUGCUGUGGCUCAUCGCCAGACUGUCUUCAGCGAUGCAGGCUCCUCCUGGACCGGUCACAGAGCUCUUAUGCACAACUUCUGGCUGCCACUACUUUGAGCAAGCUAGUGUCUAAAAGUCCUGGAUCCUUGAGCUUGCAGCAGCGAUUAGAAAUGCGUAACUACAUCCUGUCCUACCUGUGGCAACGACCAAAAGGCGCUGCCUACGUGACCCAGGCUUUGGUGCAACUUUUUUCUAGGCUCACAAAGUUGGGUUGGUUUGACUCGGACAAAGAAGAUUUUGUUUUCCGUAGUGUCAUCCGCCAGGUGCAGUCAUUCUUGCAAGGCUCAGUUGAGUACUGUUUGGUUGGCGUUCAACUGCUAUCACAGCUUACCUGCGAGAUGAACCAUGUUACUGAGGCUGAAGCAAAUCGGAGCCUCACCAAGCAGCGCAAAAUAGCGUCAUCCUUUCGUGACAGCCAACUCUAUGACAUUUUUCAGUUGGGCUGUGAUUUAUUAAGGAGAGCACUGGAAUCGUGGAAGACUCAGAUGACAUUCAGUGACGAUACGCAGCAGCAACUGAUGAGCCAGCUGCUACAUUUGGCACACCACUGCCUCAGCUUUGACUUCAUUGGCACAAGCCCAGAUGAGUCUUCGGAUGAUCUCUGCACUGUUCAAAUUCCAACUGGCUGGAGGCCUGCCUUUCUUGACUAUAAUACGUUGCAACUUUUUUUUGACUUGUUUCACUCACUACCAGUCGCCCUUAGCCCACUGGUGCUUACAUGCCUGGUGCAGAUUGCAUCAGUGCGCCGUUCACUAUUCAACAAUGCUGAGCGAGCCAAGUUUUUAUCCCAGUUGGUCACUGGCGUUAAGCAUAUUCUGGAAAACCCUCAGAGCCUUUCAGAUCCAAACAGCUACCAUGAAUUUUGUCGGCUUCUUGCUAGGCUCAAAUCUAACUACCAGCUUGGAGAACUGGUCAAAGUGGAAACAUAUCCUGAGACAAUUUCUCUUAUUGCUAAGUUCACUGUGACAAGUCUCCAGAUGUGGCAGUUUGCACCUAACAGUGUCCACUAUCUGUUGAGCCUUUGGCAACGCAUGGUGGCAUCGGUGCCUUAUGUGAAAGCAUCUGAGCCUCACUUAUUGGAUGCCUACACACCAGAAGUGACACGGGCCUACAUCACCUCACGGCUAGACUCUGUCAGCCAAGUCAUGAGGGAAGGCCUAGAAGACCCGCUGGAUGACAUGGGCAUGGUGCAGCAGCAGCUGGACCAAUUGUCGACUAUCGGCCGCUGUGAAUAUGAAAAAACAUGUGCCCUGUUGGUGCAGCUUUUCGACCAGUCUGCGCAGGCAUACGGGGAAGCUGGGAAUCAAGGUGCCGCCGCCCUUGACCUGGCCAUUCUUGAAGGACAGCUGUCUUGGUUGGUGUACAUCAUUGGUGCAGCCAUAGGUGGGCGUGCUUCAUUCUCGACAGCUGAUGACCAUGAUGCCAUGGAUGGUGAACUGGUUUGCAGGGUGCUGCAGUUGAUGCAGCUGAGAGACUCCCGACUCCCAUUGGGUUCUUGCUCAGGAGAGAAGCUGGAGCUGGCUCUCCUUAGCUUUUUUGAGCAGUUUCGAAAGAUAUACGUUGGUGAUCAAGUUCCAAAAACAUCAAAGGUGUAUCGUCGUCUUUCAGAGGUGCUUGGUCUUUCUGAUGACUCCAUGGUGCUAAGUGUAUUUGUUCGUAAGAUUAUAACCAACCUGAAGUAUUGGAGCUACAGUGAUGCCAUUGUGAGCAAGACACUACAGCUGUUGAGUGACUUGAGUGUCGGUUACUCUUCAGUGAGGAAACUGGUUAAGCUGGAGGAAGUUCAGUUUAUGCUCUCCAAUCACACAAGCGAGCACUUCCCCUUUCUGGGCCACAACAGUGGUAGCAGGAGUCCAUGUCCUGCCGCCUCAAGCUCUGCAGGAUCUGCUGGUGGAGGUCGAGAGCGAGGUAUGGACAUGCGGUGCCGUUCCACAUUCUACACAUCCUUGGGCCGACUGCUUAUGGUGGAGUUGGGUGAAGAUGAGGAACGCUUCGUGCAGUUCAUGCGGCCCCUGACUGCAGCCUUUGAGGCUAUUGGUGCUACCCUGGCCAAUGCAGACUCCCCCCUGUUCAAUGCUGAUGAGGCCAAGAAAAUGUUGAUUGGACUGGCCCGUGAUCUACGCGGCCUGGUGUUUGCCUUCAAUACAAAAACUAGCUACAUGAUGCUGUUUGAAUGGAUCUAUCCAGCAUAUUUCCCAAUUCUGCACCGGGCAUUGGAGCUGUGGUACCAUGACCCAAGUGUGAGCACACCAGUGCUGAAACUUGUGGCAGAACUUGUACAAAAUCGAUCGCAACGUCUUCACUUUGAUGUUUCCUCACCCAAUGGCAUCUUGUUAUUUCGUGAAACAUCUCGAACGAUGGUUUUAUAUGGCACGUGCAUCCUGACACUGGGUCAAAUUCCAAAGGACCAAGUUUACAAGUUGAAAUUGAAGGGCAUAGCCAUCUGCUUUAGUAUGCUGAAGAGUGCGCUGUGUGGAGGUUAUGUAAAUUUAGGCGUUUUUUCCCUGUAUGGAGAUUCUGCAUUGGAAGAUGCCUUGGGGAUCUUUGUUAAACUGCUGCUUUCAAUACCUCAGUCAGACUUACUGCAAACAAGCACGUCAAACGAGGACUACCCUAAGUUGAGUCAAGCCUACUAUGUGCUGCUUGAGUGCCUGGCACAGGACCACAUGCAUUUCCUGAGCAACCUGGAGCCAUCUGUGUUUCUUUACAUUCUGUCAUCUGUCUCAGAAGGACUGACUGCCCUUGACACAAUGGUGUGCACAGGAUGCUGCGCUACACUAGACCACAUUGUGAGCUUUCUCUUUCGCCGCUUGUCCAAGGGGACUUCAAAAGGACCUCCCGAGCCUUGCCUUCGCGUCCUGGAGCUGCAUCCUGAAAUUUUACAACAGAUGCUCAGCACCAUCUUAAACAUAAUCAUGUUUGAAGAUUGUCGCAAUCAGUGGUCUAUGUCACGACCCUUGCUGGGGCUUAUUCUGCUCAAUGAAGAAUACUUUGGCCAACUACGCCAGAGCCUAGUGAGCAGCCAGCCUGUUGACAAACAAGCAACCAUGUCACAGUGGUUUGACUCGCUCAUGGAUGGCAUUGAACGCAAUUUGCUCACCAAGAACAGGGAUAGGUUUACACAGAACCUGUCUGUCUUCCGGAGGGACAUCAACGAUUCCUUGAAAGGCCCUACAUCACUGGACAUGAUGACAUAGCACAUCUUUACGUUGGAGAAAGAGAGACCUGGCUGCUGCCAUUGCUGCCCUAGGAUGUUUAAGAUAUCUGACCUGGCAUUCGAUCACGAUGGAUCCUUUAUUCUUCUGAAAAAGGAUGAAAAUUUUGAUCCUGGUGAAGCAGCAAUGAAAAAUUUUGGGAAUGCAGCCUGCUGGUGUGAUUUUUAUGAGCAGUGUUGAGUAUUAUAAUUUGUUGUCUUGAUGAAAUUUUUUAGGUAAAAUAUUUUUUCUUUACUAUUUGCAUCAAGAGCUCUCUGCUGGAUUGAAUUUUCUGCUAGCAGAUCAAGGUCAUGAUUUGUCUUCAAAAGAUGUAUAAUGGUGGAAUGAUUAUUUUGUAAGAUUGUUUUUUUUUUUUUUUUUGCACUGUAUUGCACAAGGUAUUAAAGUUGGAAACCUUGUUGUUUCUAUUGAAAAUAUUUUUAAGAAUGUAGUAGGUAUUUUGUAACAUUUGUACGUGUGAAGGGCACUGCUGGUGCGAAUUGUGUACUACCAUAAUUUGUUUCAAGAAGAUUUUAAGGGUGAAUAGUCUUUUGUGACAUUUUUGUUUUUCUCAGCCCAGAUGAAAGUAUUUUGUAAUGCUUGAGCAGGUUUGCUUUUUCUGUUUGUAUGUGUAGUAUGCAUGUGUGAGUGAUGCUUUUUUUUUAUUAUUAUUGAGGAAAGCCAGUUCAGGGGCAAGGCAUCUGGAGCUGUAUCCUGUAACAAUUCUUUUCAUUUUCUAUUCUUGAUGUCCUCCUUUGGCUUGCAUGAAGCUGCAUCCCUGCUUUCAGUGAUAAGCCAUUCAGCGAGGUAUAAAUGAGUAGAAUGGCAGGAAAAGAAUCCUUAAAAAAUACGGCUCAUGAUUGUCUAUUGAAUGUCUUAUUUAAGCAUCUUGGGAGCGAUGCUGUGUACAUAUUAAAACAGAAGACUAUUUGCUGGGGUUGGCAAGUGCAGUGAUUUAUUUAUUUUGAAUGUCUUGUCAUCUUACCCUGUUGUUUUAUUUUUAUUUUUUUUUUGUUAAGAAGUCUUCAUUCCAAUGAAACACGUGCUAUUUUUUUACCCAGAGUUGUACAUAAAUAAACUGAUGUAAAUAUAA